AGAGCAAACCCUUUCCUUUUUCUUAUCCAUUAAAAAUGCUUGUUCUUUACGAAACUGCUGCUGGUUACGCUUUAUUCAAGCUUGUUGACGACAACAAAUUAGAAAAGCCUGAACAAAUUUACAAGGAAUUCGAAACUGCCGAACAAGCCAACAAGGCUCUUAAGUUGAAGGCUUUCAAGAAAUUUGAAAACACAACUGAUGCUUUGUCUGCUGUCACUGGUAUCGUUGAAGGCAAGUUACCCAAGAACUUGAAGAAGUUCUUGGAAUCUGAAAUUAACGAAAAGGAAAUGAAGAAGGAAAAGUUGGUCAUUAGUGAUCCCAAGCUUGGUUCUUCCAUCAACAAGAAAAUGGGUAUCAAUGUUUUGUCUGAUUCCACUGUUCAAGACCUUUACAGAGGUAUUCGUUCUCAAUUUGAAUCUCUUGUAUCUGGUCUUUCUCAAGCUGACCUUUCUGCAAUGUCUCUUGGUCUUUCUCACUCUCUUUCUCGUUAUAAGCUCAAGUUCUCUCCUGAUAAGGUUGAUACCAUGAUUGUCCAAGCCAUUGCUCUUUUAGAUGAUCUUGAUAAGGAACUCAACACUUACGCUAUGCGUGUCAAGGAAUGGUAUGGCUGGCAUUUCCCUGAAAUGACCAAGAUUAUUGUUGACAAUUUGGCUUAUGCCAAGGUCGUCAAAGCUAUUGGUUUCCGUACCAACGCCAGCAGCGUUGACAUGUCUGACAUUUUACCCGAAGAGCUCGAAGCUGAAGUCAAAGAAGCUGCUGAAAUUUCUAUGGGUACUGAAAUUUCUGAAGAAGAUCUCGAAAACACCUUUGCACUCUGUGACAAUGUCAUCAACAUCACUGAAUACAGAAGUCAAUUAUACGAAUACUUGAAGAACCGUAUGAAUGCCAUCGCUCCCAACUUGACUGCUCUUGUUGGUGAAUUGGUCGGUGCUCGUUUGAUCUCUCACGCUGGUUCUCUUAUGAACUUGUCCAAGCAACCUGCUUCUACUAUUCAAAUCUUGGGUGCCGAAAAGGCAUUGUUCAGAGCCCUCAAGACCAAGCACAACACACCCAAGUAUGGUUUAAUCUUCCAUGCCUCUUUGGUUGGUCAAGCUGGCCCUAAGAACAAGGCCAAGGUUGCUCGUAUGCUUGCUGCCAAGACUGCCUUGUCUCUCAGAGUAGAUGCCCUUGGUGAAUCAGAAUCCAAUGAAGUUGGUACUGAUGGUCGUACUAAGAUUGAAGCCCGUAUUGCCAUGCUCGAAGGUCGUGUUUCUGCUAAGGCUAACAAGGAUACUUCUAUUCAAAACCAAACCAAGUUCAAGUUCAACAAGACUCAACAAUACAGUGAAGGUGCUGAUGUUGUUAUGGACGAAGUCAAGGCUGAAACUGUCAAGAGAACAAUUGACCAAGUUGAAGCUGAAGAUAACGAAGAAGAAGAAAAGGAAGCCAAGAAGGCCAAGAAGGAAAAGAAAGAGAAAAAGGACAAGAAAGAAAAGAAGGAUAAGAAGGAAAAGAAGGAAAAGAAAGAGAAAAAAGAAAAGAAGAACAAGGAUUAGAUCACUUUUUUUUUCUAUUAUUUUCACACACACACACACACACACUCUUUUUUUCAUCUUUUUUUAUACAUGUAAUUUUUUUCUGUUAUUAUUCAUUCCAUAUAAUAUCUGUACAAAAAAAAAGUUUCACCCACUUUUUUAUCAUUUUAUCAACAUUUGCUUUCUCAAUAAACAUAU